AAGAAAAUUGACCUUUGAAAGCAAAACAGCAGGUGGAGAGCUAAAACCAGGCGGCUCCGGACACAUCGGGAGGAUAUUUAACACAGGGAAAAUGGAAGUAUUUGUUCUUUUAAGCUGAGGAGGGACCACAAAUAUGAGGCCCAACGCUGCCUGUCUGGCUGUCAUUUGAGUGUGGUAGUGCACAUGAGAGCAGUGUUUGUUUGUGAGGCGGUAGCGAGGUAAGCCUUCAGAGCAAUGGAAGAGAGGGUAGAGGAGAGGCCCGGGGUAGCCAUGGCGAGGCCGAGCAGUUUGACUGCCCUUCAGGAGCAGCUGAUCUGGGCCCUGCUGGGAUCUGGACUGUCCCGGGACAUCCUGGUCCAAGCCAUGGGGGAACUGGAGCGAGACAGGGCGAGUGCUGGCGCCGAGAGGGGAGAGAGGGGGGACGAAGAGAGCUCCGAGGAGGGAGAAAUGGAUUUCCCACCACCUAUAUUCCGAGAGCUGGAGAAGCUUCACCCAGAGGAGGUGGCCAAACUGAGGGCCGAAGUUGACCAGCUACUGCAGGAGGACCCCUGGCACGUUGCUAAAAUGGUGAAAAGCUACAUGCAGCAGCACAACCUCCCUCAGAGAGAGGUGGUGGAGUCCACCGGACUCAACCAGUCCCAUCUCUCCCAGCACCUCAACAAAGGCACGCCCAUGAAGAACCAGAAGAGAGCGUCUCUGUACACCUGGUACGUCAAGAAGCGAGGCGAGAUCAGCCAGCAAUUUACCAACGCCAAACAUGGCCUUGGCUCUGCGGAGGAGCAAGGAGAGGAGUCUAGAAAAGGACGGAGGAACAGGUUCAAAUGGGGUCCUGCAUCCCUGCAGAUCCUCUUCCACGCCUACGAACGACAGAAGAACCCUAGCAAGGAGGAGAGAGAGGGGUUAGUGGAGGAUUGUAACAGGGCAGAGUGUCAUCAGAGGGGGGUGUCUCCCUCCCAGCUUGCCGGCCUGGGCUCCAACCUGGUAACCGAGGUCCGCGUGUACAACUGGUUCGCCAACCGCCGCAAAGAGGAGGCCUUCCGUCACAAACUGGCUCUCGACACACCUUUUACCAACCAAUCUGCCUCCUCUUCUCACCCCAACCUCCCACCGAGCCCUGAGCAUGUGUAUUGGGGCCUGACUUCUUGUUUUCCAGGGGUGAAAUACAGCCAGCAGAUCCUGUGCGAAAGCGUGAGCUCAGCCAGAGGAAGCGCAGGAGAGAGAGUGGGACGUCUGGUGGUCAGCCCCAUUCAGCUGGAGCCCAGCCACACACUCCUUGAGACACAUAACCACAAGCUGGUGUCCAGCGGUGGCCCACUGCCCCCAGUAAGCACUCUGACCUCGCUGCACAGUCUGUCUGCGUCCCCUGCCUCCUCCCAGGGCCUCAUCAUGGCCUCCCUCCCCAGCGUCAUGAGCCUGGGGGAGUCCUCACUUCUCAUCGGUUUAACCUCCACGCAGUCUCAGACCGUGCCUGUUAUCAACAAUGUGGGGGGCGGUUUCACCACUCUCCAGCCAAUCUCAUUCCAGCAGCAGCUUCACGGCUCUCCCCAGCAGCCAUUAUCGCACCACCUCCAGAGUCACAUGGGUGCCAGUCCCUUCAUGGCAACCAUGGCGCAGCUGCCAUGUCACAUGUACAACAAGUUUGAUUCGCCCCAGUACCAUUCGUCCAGUCUGCUGUCUCAAGCCAUGGUCAUCGCUGACAGCGGCAGCCUGGGGACGCUGACCAGCCUCACUGCUGUCAGACAGAAUCUAACAGCAGAUCCUGAGGAACAGACGGAUCGACCUCUACAAGAAGACUCUCUCCACCUGCAGCCGCACACACCUGUGCCAGGUACACGCAGGUUUACUCAUCGUCCUCGACAUCCUACUACAGCAUCUUUGGAACGACGUCCUCUCUAGUUACACAAAUGUACAUAUACGAUUGAUUUUUGACUAUUUCAGAACCACGUUUGCCAUGAUUCAGCAUGACACAAUCAUGCUGGUCUUAAUAAUCCGAUUAGAUGAAUUUGAGAAAUUGUAGUCGUUGAAGUGCCACUCGGGAAGAUUUUAAAAGAGUAGUUCAACAGUUCUAGAAAAUACAUUUAUUUGCUUUCUUGUCGAGAGUUAUGAGAAGAUUGAUACCACUCUCUUAUCUGUUCAUUCAAUUUGAAGCUGGAGCCAGCAGCCAGUUAGAUGAGCUCAGCUAGUUGUAGGGGAGCAACCCCUAUGGUGACUACAAGACCCCCAGAAGUCCCUGCUCCCAGCUAAGAAAUAGUACGGCUAUCAUUUUACUCCCUUUGGACAGAGAUGUGUCCCCGUUUUCAGUCUAUUUUAAGUGGCUGCUGGCUCCAGUUACAUAUUUUACAGACAGACAUGGGAGUGGUAUCGAUCCUUUUGUCUAACUCUUAGCAAGAAAGCAAAGAAGUGUAUUUCCCAUUCAUGCAUGCAUCGUCACAGGAGUAAAAUAAAUUCCGUGCAUUCAACGCCUUUUUUUUAAAUUUUUUUUUAUAAUAACACAACUGCAGCAUCUGAGAUAAAAUAAUCUGUCUGGGUUUUAUCGUCACGUCACUAAACAGUUUACUGGUGCAUUACAGCCACCUUUACAGCAGUGGAUAGGCAAAGACAUAACCCAAACCAAUGAAAAUAACUAAAUGGUCUUUGCAAAGCUUUUAAGUAGUUAACUGAAAGACUAUAUCCAUUCCACGAUGUCUUCCCAAGCGGAUUUCCUAAUGUACAUUUCAGUAGCACGUUCUACAGCGUGCAAAAUCCAGUUGGGUGUUUACCUAAUUCAUGAAGUGUGAGAUUGAGCCCUUGUCUUGUGUGAUUGACGUCCCAGUAUUCUUACACUUUUU